AUGGCGCCCGCCGUCAUAAUCGAUAACACGCCCGACUUUGGCACAGACGACUUCCAACCACCCGUCAAGUCUUUCAGCAACGGCAACACCCCUCGAACGCUUCUCCUCGCCCCGCCCUCCGUUGCAUCUCACCCAGACGCUUUGUCGCGAGUCGCCGAAGCCUACGAUCGCAAUGCCACCGAUAUACAAAUGCUCGACCGUCUCGCUAUGGGACUUGUCGCCCUCCCUGCAUCGACAUACGAUGUUGUCCUCAUACUCACAGACGUCGACCAAACUCGACAGGAGAGCUCGCGGUUACUGAGCAGAGAAGUUAUGGAGCGGAUAGUGCAAGCAUUGAAGCCGGGUGGGAGACUCAAGUCGCAGGAUGAUACAUUUGGUCGGUUCCCUGGCGCAGAGCAGACGGAGGCUAUUCUGUCGGGGUUGGUGACGAGUGAUGAGGGUGGAAUGAUUAAGCCAGAGACAUCAGCGGCUCCUCAGACUGUCAAGUUGAGCUUUGGAAAGAAGAAGGCCAACGCUGCUGCGGUUCCGGCGAACGCUGUUGAAGCAACUACCGCGGAGAAGAGGAAGAGCAAUGAUACACCAACUGGAGACGGUGAUCUCGCACAUAAUGGAAGCAAUGGUGUUGUAAAGGCGACGCUGGCUGGUGUGGGCUUCAUUGACAGCAACGAUGACUUUGACGGAGGGUUCGAUGAUGGAAGUGGAUAUGACGAUGAUGACGAGUUUCCAAGCGACGAGCAAUUGCAGAAUGCGGAGAGGAUCGAUCCAGACACACUGUUGACGGAGGAGGACAGAAUGAGGCCGCUUGAUAUUCCGGAGGCGUGCAAGCCCAAUAAGAAGCGGCGGCGCGCUUGCAAGGAUUGUACUUGCGGUCUUGCACAGCGAAUUGAGGCCGAAGACAAGGCCAAACGAGAUGAGGCCGAUGCUAACCUGGCCAAGCUCUCCGCCAACGACUUGACUGAGGUCGACUUCACUGUUCAAGGCAAGGUCGGCUCGUGCGGCAACUGCGCACUUGGUGAUGCGUUCAGAUGCGAUGGUUGCCCGUACAUUGGACUUCCGGCCUUCAAGCCCGGCGAGGAGGUGCGCCUGCUUAACAAUGAUGUUCAACUGUAA